UUUGACGUGUAAGAUUCACAGCUGUCAAUUCACGUUUUUGUUUCCAAUUCGCUAAAUAAUGAGAAAGAAAAAGUAGUUUUCAUGUGCGGUCGGUUAUAACGAAACUUUUAUUUCGUGUGCUAGUGAAAAGAACUCUUUAAAUCAUUCAAAAUGGUGUUAAUGACGAUGAUCGCCCGGGUCGUCGACGGGUUACCUCUCGCCGCUACUAUGCAAGAAGAUGAGCAGAGCGGCUGCAACGUUCUGGAGUAUCAGAACCAGGCCAAAAUGCUGUUUAGGAAGCUUGGCCCCCAGUCGCCCCUGCGAUGCUCCAUCGAAACAGGACCAUAUCUCUUCCACUAUUUGAUUGAGAAUGAGAUCUGCUACCUCGUGUUGUGCGAACGUAACUACAGCAAGAGACUAGCAUUCAGUUAUUUAGAAGAAAUCGCACAGGAGUUUUAUCAACAGUACGGAAAGAGGGUGAACACAGUAACACGUCCGUACACGUUCAUAGAGUUCGACACGUGGAUGCAGCGCACCAGGAAGCAGUACGCGGAGGGCGGACCCCGGGCUCGCCGCACGGGGGCCACCGCCGCCCUCCAGGGACAAUUGGGGGACGUGCAGCGGAUCAUGAUGCAGAAUAUUGAUGAUGUGCUGCAGAGGGGCGCUGUGCUGUCUGAAUUGGACACAAAGACACAGAACCUGUCAAUAAUGACACAAAAAUAUAAGAAGGACGCUACGUACCUCAACACCAAGUCGAUGCUUGUCAAAGUCACGGCCGGAGCUGUUGUCCUACUGGUCUUCGUACUAUACUUCUGGGUUCUCUAGGGUCGUUAUAUAAAGCAGUCCGUGAUUAAAGCUCGUGUAUAGAGAAAUCUAGGUGCCUCUACACAUUCGGUGAUGUUAAAUGAAUGCUUGUAAUUAUUUUUUCAAGCUGCGUACACACCUAGCUAUCAAAGGCCAACAUAUUUAUACUCAUGUUCAUUGGCUCUCAAAAAUAGUUAUCAAACCAUAUAAACAGGACCAACAAAGAGAAAGCUUUGUUAUCUUUGGUUGGCACAGUGUGUGCGCAGCUUUAUAAAAAUAUUGUGGGUUGGAACUGGAACUUUAUAAAUGUAAUACAAUAUUCCAUUUGAGGUAAGUACAGUCAGUGGAUUUGAACGAUUCUGCCAAAUUUGAUAUGUUCAAUAAAUCAACAAACAUAUAUAUAGUCACGUUUAUAUCCCUUGCGGGGUAGACGGAAACAACGUCUAAAAGAAGAAUCCCAAGGUUAUAAGCCUAUCCCAUAGCCUCCUUUUACGGCAUCCAUGGGAAAGAGAAGGAGUGUUCCUAUUCUUUUUUUAUUGGUGCCAGGAACCACUCGGCAUAAAUGUUAUGAUGUAGAAAAAUAUUUUUUUUAUUAAUUAAAAGAAAUUCGGUAAACGAGUAAUUUAAUUAAAUAUAACAUCUUAAAUUAUGCGAAAUACUAUGUACUAAGGUAAUGGUUAAUUAAGUCACUCGCUGUCAUAGUUGGCUGUACAUACAUUCAUAUAAUCACGUCUAUAUCCCUUGCGGGGUAGACAGUGCCAGCAGUUUUGAAAGACUGAUGGGCCACAUUCAGCUGUUAAGCUUAAUAAUAUAAUUGAGAAUUGGCUGUACAAUAUCAAUAAAACAAUAGAAAAAUGCGGUUUUUUUUUUCAAAAUUUAACUAUAAAUCUAUUACACUAACAAGCAAGCAAUAAUUAAAACAUUUGCUGCCGCUGUACUGUGAUAAAUUAAAACAAUUUUAAUGAUUUUUCAUAACUAGUUCUAGUUAAUUAGAUUAUCUAGUUAUGUUACAAAGUUACUCCCAUAGAAUUUGCAUAAUAUGGGGUCAAUUAUUAAAAUUGGUGACUCACUAAACCAUGUGAUUUGAACUAUUGAAUAUUCUCGUGGUGUCUACCAGGGACGAUCUCUGAGACCAUGGACUCUGGGAAUAAUUCGAUUCCAGAAGAAGCUAUUGAAUUUAUUUGUCACGCGAUUGUUUGAUGCCUUUUUUCUUAGAAUUUUUUUAUUUUACUACUUACCAAUUUAAUCUCCUUCCAUGCUACUAGCUUACACAACGCCAUCUGGUAGGCAAUCAUGGAACUAAAUUAUUGUAUUAAUCUAAUACAACUUGGAGAUUUUCAAGGCAUGAGUGAAUUGGCAUUAUUUGAGUUUGCGAGCACCAUUUUAGGCCUCAUCUUACUUACCACCAGGAUGAUUGAGGUCGAACGCACUCAAAUCCUUCAACUGGCGUGAGUUGUCAUUUACAUCCAUUAGACAUCUUUACCUCUUGGGGAGAGAAGUUUACAUUUCUCCCUACUUACCUGCCCAAUUUCGCACCAAAAAUUCCCAAAUUUUGAGUGACUCUCUCUCAUCUCUGCGUGUUCCCGAUUGCACCCUCCACAAGAGUGUUUCGGGUCCGGGGUCCGCCUUCCGACUCCUCUCUCCACUUGAUUUUCAGCGUUCUCGGAUUUUAAUCUAUUGGCUCGCUUAUCAUCUUUUGCGACGUCCAGCCAUGGUCUUUUAGCCUGCCUCUUCUACCUGGUCCAGGCGGUAGCGGCAUGACUAGACAUCUGUUCCCCAAGAAGUCUGCCGUUUUCCGCAAAACAUGGCCGUACUAGGGUAGGCGACUCCAAAUUUUGAGUGACUCACUAAUUUUAAUGAUUGACACCCCUGUCUGUAUUUCCCUUGUUCCGGUUUAGAGAUAGAGGUACCAAAAUAGAUAGCAUUCCAUUAUGCUAUUUAUAUAUAAUACAGGUAUUAAACGCGCAUGUAUAACGUACGAUCAUUGUAACAUGAUUCGAAACGUUCCGAGAUAAAUUAUAGGAACGUUACGUGUGCGUAUAAUAACUGUGUCAUUUAUAAAUAGUUAAAAACUGUUGCAAUGUAAGGUUAUCCAGUGUACUAAGUUUUUUUUGUAAGUUGGUGGUUAGUUAUUUAAUCGAAAACCGUUUCUUAAAGAUAUACUGAUAGCUUAUGUAAUCUCCACAAAAUGUGUUAUUCAUUGCCAAUGUAAUGUUAUUUUUGUAUAAAAAAGCCGGUGAAUUUUGGUGAGGGAAUGUUGUACAUUUUCACAUAUUGUUAAUAUAUUAUUUAUUAAGAUUUAAUAAAUUCAUUCUUUUA